CUCUGCGCCGGCCGCCUCUCGGUGGCUUUCCGGCCAUGAGCCCUCCGGCAGCGGUGCCGGGAGCGGGACCCGGGCCGGGGCCGGCGGACGGCGGGCGCUGAGCCAUGUCGCGGGCAGCGGGCGGCGACUGCCGCAAGGAAGCGGCGAGCUGGGAGGGCGAGGACGGGCAGUGCGACUCGGGCAUCGAGUCGCUGCGUUCGCUGCCGGGCGGCAGGGAGACCCCCGCCGCGCCCGAGGGCCCUCCUGCCGCCCCCGAGGCCCUCGAGGAGAUCCUCGCCGAGGCUGCCGUCUCCGAGGAGCGGCUGGAUUCCAGCUACAGCUCCGGCGCCCUGCCCGACGCUCUGCCCGAGCUGCCGGGGGCUCCGGUGGGCCGCCCCGAGGAGCCGCCGCCCCGGCCCGAGGGGCUCAGCCGGCAGCAGCUGGAGGCCCUCACCUACCUUUCGGAGGACGGAGACACGUUGGUUCAUCUGGCCAUUAUCCACUGUGUCCCAGCUGUAGCACUCUGCUGCAUCGCUCAGCUACCCAGGGAGGUGCUGGAGAUCCAAAAUGAUCUUUUCCAGACCCCGCUCCACCUUGCUGUGUACCUGGAGCAGCCCACUGUCAUCCAGGCACUGAUCCACAAAGGAGUGAACCCUGGGCUGCAGGACCGCAAUGGCAACACCCCGCUGCACUUGGCCUGUGAGCAGCAGCACCUGCAAUGUGCCCAGCAGCUGCUGGGGGGCCCAGCCACACCGGAUGGCACGAUUCAGCCCCAUGGGCACCACCAGGACCUGCAGCUCCAGAACUGGCAAGGCUUAGCCUGUCUGCACAUCAGUACUUUGAAAGGGAACAUCCCAAUGAUGUCUCUGCUGUUGGAGAGUGGUGCCAAUAUUGAUGUUCAGGAAGGCACAAGUGGGAAGACCCCAUUGCAUCUGGCUGUGGAGUGCCACAACCGUAGGGCUGUCCAGUUCCUGCUGCGCAAUGGGGCGUAUGUGGAUGCCCAGAUGUACAAUGGGUGCACUCCGCUGCACCUGGCUGUGGGUCGCAAGGAUGCUGCCAUUGCUGCCAUCCUCUCACACUCUGGGGCUGACACCCUCCUGAGGAACAUGGAGAAUGAGACAGCUCAGGACCUGGCUGAUGGCAACGAUGAUCUCCUUGCCUUGCUGCCCUUCGAUGACCUGAAGAUCUCAGGGAAGCCUGUUGUGUGCUCUGAAUGAGUGGAUGGACUCCUUUGGCCCAUUAGGCUGCCUCCUUCCUCUGUGCUGCUGUCUUGCUGCCCACUAGGAUCUUGCCUGCCAGCAGUUCAGUGGGAGCAGAGACAUUUUGGGAGACUUAUCCCACUGCCCCUCCCCUCUUUGGAAAAGUUUUGUUUGCCUAAGGCUGCCUUCCCAGAUGGAAGAAGGUGGCAUUAUGAGCACUACACAGAGGAGGUUUUUCUUUUAGAAUCUGUGCGCUGCACCAGAACUGAAUUUCCCCUCCCUGCCAUGGGUCUUACUUGUGGGGAUCUCCAGCAUACACAGAGAAGGAGCAGGAGAGGACUCAUUUUCACACUGUAGGCACCCCAUCAGAAUAAGUGUAGGGUGAGGUGAGUCAACACUCACUCUAAUAAAUGUUUCUUGUUACUGUGGACA